AUGGAAUGCGUUUCAGGAUCAGGUGGUUGCUACAUCGGCUUCGCAACUUCAUGGGGUAAAAAUCACUCACCGGAGAAUGUCCUUGAUAAAAAGGAUGGUACAUUCUGGAUUACCACUGGACUGUUUCCACAGAUUAUGGUUAUAUCGUUAGACCAACCAAGGAAAGUCAGUCAAGUCAAAAUUAUUAGCAGCAAAGUUAAAGCUCUUUGUGUUGAAACUAGUUCACAUAUAAAACCAGACAAUUUUGAAUUGAAGUUCGAAAAAACUUUACCUGAUUCAGAUGGACAACUACAAAUUACAGAACUACCAAUCAACGAUACUCAUUUACAUCAUAUUCGAUUAAAAAUACUUUCUGGUUACAAUCACUUUGUUGCCGUUUAUAGAGUGUUAUUCGAUGGAAAAUAA